AUGGGUAAUUCUCAAUCUCUUAAUCUUCAACCACCAGGAUCCGGUAAAGACGAUAAGAGUAAAGAUGAUAAAGAUAAAGAUAAAAAGAAAAAAUGGGAGCCACCACUUCCCACACGUAUGGAACGUAUAAAGGAUUAUUUAUUAAUGGAAGAAGAAUUUGUUCAAAAUCAAGAAAGAUUAAAACCACAAGAAGAAAAAGCACAAGAGGAAAGAACAAGAGUUGAUGAUUUGCGUGGAUCACCAAUGGGAGUUGGUACAUUGGAAGAAAUUAUAGAUGAUGACCAUGCGAUUGUUUCAUCUUCUACAGGUCCAGAAUAUUACGUUAGCAUUUUAUCAUUUGUUGAUAAAGAUCUAUUGGAGCCUGGAUGCUCAAUUCUUUUGCAUCACAAGGCCAUGUCUGUUGUUGGAGUACUCCAGGAUGAUACGGAUCCAAUGGUCAGUGUUAUGAAACUUGAGAAAGCGCCCACUGAAUCAUAUGCUGACAUUGGUGGAUUAGAACAACAAAUCCAAGAGAUUAAAGAGUCAGUAGAAUUACCAUUAACACAUCCAGAAUUAUAUGAGGAAAUGGGAAUAAAACCUCCAAAAGGGGUUAUUUUAUAUGGGGUUCCGGGAACAGGUAAAACACUUUUAGCAAAAGCCGUAGCCAAUCAAACAUCAGCUACAUUUUUACGUGUUGUUGGGUCUGAGCUGAUUCAAAAAUAUCUUGGAGAUGGUCCAAAACUUGUACGUGAAUUGUUUCGUGUUGCAGAAGAACAUGCACCAUCAAUAGUAUUUAUUGACGAAAUAGACGCUAUUGGAACGAAACGUUAUGAAUCAAAUUCUGGGGGCGAGAGAGAAAUUCAAAGAACUAUGUUGGAAUUAUUAAAUCAAUUAGAUGGUUUUGAUUCUAGAGGAGAUGUUAAGGUCGUCAUGGCGACAAAUCGUAUAGAAUCACUUGAUCCUGCUUUGAUUCGUCCAGGACGUAUUGAUCGUAAAAUAGAAUUUCCAUUACCAGAUGUAAAAACUAAAAGAAGGAUUUUUAAUAUACAUACUGGUAGGAUGACUUUAUCAGAUGAUGUAGACCUUGAAGAAUUUGUCAUGUCUAAGGAUGAUUUAAGCGGUGCAGAUAUUAAGGCUAUCUGUACUGAAGCAGGCUUAUUAGCACUUCGAGAACGACGUAUGAAAGUGGUUGCAGAAGAUUUAAGGAAGGCAAAAGAAAAGGUUUUAUACCGUAAAACACUUUUAGCAAAAGCCGUAGCCAAUCAAACAUCAGCUACAUUUUUACGUGUUGUUGGGUCUGAGCUGAUUCAAAAAUAUCUUGGAGAUGGUCCAAAACUUGUACGUGAAUUGUUUCGUGUUGCAGAAGAACAUGCACCAUCAAUAGUAUUUAUUGACGAAAUAGACGCUAUUGGAACGAAACGUUAUGAAUCAAAUUCUGGGGGCGAGAGAGAAAUUCAAAGAACUAUGUUGGAAUUAUUAAAUCAAUUAGAUGGUUUUGAUUCUAGAGGAGAUGUUAAGGUCGUCAUGGCGACAAAUCGUAUAGAAUCACUUGAUCCUGCUUUGAUUCGUCCAGGACGUAUUGAUCGUAAAAUAGAAUUUCCAUUACCAGAUGUAAAAACUAAAAGAAGGAUUUUUAAUAUACAUACUGGUAGGAUGACUUUAUCAGAUGAUGUAGACCUUGAAGAAUUUGUCAUGUCUAAGGAUGAUUUAAGCGGUGCAGAUAUUAAGGUAAUCAAUUAG